CUGCCUGGAGAGAGCACAAAAUUUUACUGGCAUAAUCAUAAUUUGGGAGAAGAAGCAGGCGAUCUCCGGGAAUUUUCAAGAGCUCAAGAGCAAACAUGAGAUCAUCAUCGCCGCAAUAAUCAAAAGGACUGAAUUAAGGAGAAAGACAUCCAGCGACAUGUACAAGCAAGCAAUCUAAGGACGAAAUUUUGAAAACAUCAUCCACUUAAAACCUGCAUCCAAGAACAACAAGAAAUAAUGUCAACAAACCGCUACCCACCCUCCUCCUCCGACUCGGAAGACAUCAACCGCCGCCCCAGCCGCUCCCGACAACGCCGACGGUCCUCCCGCCCAACAAGCCGCAUCCGCGCCCAAGGCGACGAUGAGGUCGUUGUCGAAGAAUUCUACAUCCCGCGCCCGCCCAGCCGCACGCGCUCAGGACGACGACCCCCCAACGGCGGCAGCGGCGAGGGAGCGGGCGGAGGUCCAGCAUAUGCCGGCGUGCCCCCACCGGAUCAGGGACCGUAUGUGCUCAUCAACGACGACGACCGGAGGAGGAGUGGGGCAACUUCCGGGGGCGGAGAAAGGCGCUCACAGCAGCAGCGGAGGAGAGGUCGGAGACAAUAUCUCCAGCCGGAGGAGAGCGGCGGCGGAGGCGGGAAUUUCUACUCUUAUUCCUCGCGGAGGAAGACGACGCCUGUGUAUCACGUGAGCGCGAAAUCGGAGGAAGACGACCAGAACGAGGAUGAUGUUCUCGACGACUACUACUACGGCAAAGGGGGCGGCGGGCGGAACGACGGGAAUCUCAGCGACGAAGACUACGGCGAGGCGGAGAUUCAUUUUUAUGACAGGCCGCCGCCGCCGCCGCCCCAUUCGCAGUCGGCGCCGUACCCGCCGCGGCCGGGAAGUCGGCCUGAUGCGGCGGCGGCGGCGGAGUACGAAGCGCGCGUGCGCAUGGAGGAGCGAUCACGGUACAAAACGUCGCGGCCGACGAUGGUCGCCGAGGGGAGAAUGCAGACGCGGGUUCAGGAGAUCAAGGAUACAUCUCUGCGGGUGGAUUUCCUGCGUUACCCGCCGGCGGGCGCGGCGAGGAAAGGCCUCUGGCCGCGAGCAGCGGUCGCCGCGCCGGGGGGUGGAGGGUCCCUCCCGCGGCCGGAGACCGGGCGACGGCCGGUCUCCUCGUAUGAACAGGGCCGACUCUCGCGGACGCAGGAGUCGCUGACGUUGCCGUUGAAACUGGUCCUCACGCGGCGCGGGGAGAGGUUCAAGGGGAGGGAAUUCCAAUACACGCGGGGGACGUGGGACGAUCGGGCUUUCGCGCAGCAUUUGUUACGGGAGUACCGGAGUUUGAAGGCGCGACAGAUCGGACUCCUGCAGAAGAUGACGUCGUAUCGGGUGGUGUCGUAUGUGUAUUUCUUGCAGUAUCAUGCGUACCCUGCGGGAAAGUUCCCCUAUGGGCAUUGGAAGAUCAGUGAUCGGAAAUCGGUCACCCGGAGGUGUGAUCAGACUGCCAGGAAUGCGUUCAUGUGGAAGGUGCAUCGGCUGGGGAAAGGCGAGAUGGGGAUGUUCUCGAGUCAGAGGGGGAAGGAUUGUCCGAGGUCGGGGCGGGAUUGGGUGUGUCGGUUGGAUUCGUUGGUGGAGCUCGGCGCGGUGGUUGACAUUGAGGUCAAGGAGCAGUUUGAUACGGUCAAGAUCUAUAUCGGACUUAUGCUGGCGGUGUUGUCAAGUUUGGGAGUAGGGUUGGCUUAUGGAUUUGCCACGGAGGAUCGCGAUUUCUCGACGGGUUUCUCCAUUGCGAGUUGGAUGAUCACCGCGUUCGGGUUCAUCAUUGCGGCGAUUGCGGCAGGGGAGUUUAUUGGAUUGGAGAAACCAUCUGCGGCACUGAAUACUGGCGAGGAGUUGACUGCGGGUACAUACCUUGACAGAGAGUUGAUGGAGAGGUAGUCGAGAAACGAUCGACAUGUGUAUGGAGCGUUCUUGGUCGCCAACCCUUACUGCCAAUCAGCCAAGACGUGCCGCUGCAGUGGCACCAUUAGCAUAGGUCGCGACUUUUCUCGAACGUCAAAAAGAUCCGAAGAUCUGGUUGUCGUUCCCGCUAUGUGGUUGUGAGGAUACGGC